AUUUAAAUCACAAACCUUCGCAAACAAAUGUCAAUUUUGUAUUAGAAGUUGGCAAAGCAAGUUGCGAUUUGUGAUUUUUCGCAAUAUUAAUGGAAUUUGUGAUGUGACUGCGUUUAAAUAGCGCGUGUUUAUAUAUUUUACUCAAAAUGGGGAUAUUUACAUCUUGCUGCAGACCUUCAGCUUCGAAUGUAUUGACUCCAGACACAGAAACCAGACGUCGACAGCAGGUUGAAGCAGCUGAGCGAAGGCGUGCGGAGGAGGCCAGCCGUGGUGUUAAAGAUCCAGAGAAAGUUAGACGCAUGCAACAGCGCUCUGAGGAAAUGGAGCAACGUGAGAGGGAGUUGCAGAAGGGUGGGGGUGCUACUUUAAAGUGGACGGCCGACUGAGAUCAGGAGAAACGUGGGAGCACCCAGCCUCCUGCGGAACGUUAUAAAUACAUCAACUGACCACUGCAAGAUUAAUGGUACUAGUGUCUUGAUUACUCCAGGAAAAUUUUAAUUUCUUUUGUUUGUACCUCAUGAUUGCACCAAUUUGCACAUUUCUCCAAACAAACAUGGUAAUAACUUUAUAAGUUAUGCUCCUCAAAUUUUGUGCAUAUCAUGGUUUUUAAUAUUUUAGCAGUUGUUUCAAAACUGCAUUAAUUAUGGUAUUAAAUUUUUUUAUCACUAGCAUAGAAAACUUAUAUUGUCUGGAGAUAAAACCGGAUAGAAUGUUUGAAAUGGUGAAUGCAGAAUAUUAGUUCGUUAAUUUACUGAAAAAAGUUUUAUGGUAUCUAAAACAAAGGUGCAUUCCACACAGAAAUUACUUUUUGUUGAGCAACUAUAAUAGCACCUGUGUAGUAAGUUUUUAUAACAUAAAUGCUGCCACUUUUUUUUUUAAAUAUA